AUGAGGGCUUCAACUGUAAAGUACAAAUCCAAUGAACAAGAAAUCGACAGUGGUCCCAGCUGGCGAUUUACAUCGGAAACUUCACUGGAACAGCUCGGGCCGGCAAAGGCUGCACCUUGCCAGCAGUAUUUCGCCGGUUCCAUUCAACGCCGCCGCCGGCCACCGGACCUUCACCUGACCGCCGCCCACUACAGGACCUUCGCCCGGUCGACGACCAUCACCGGACUUCAACCCGGCCUUCGUCGGACCACCUCCCGGCCGUCGCCUGUCGUAGGAUCUUUGCCCGGCCGCCGCCGGACUUCAACCCGACCUUUGUCGGACCACCGCUCCGCCGCCGAACCUUCUCCUGGUCGCCUUCUACCACCGAACCUUUACCCGACUGACGACCGCAGCCGGACUUUCAGCCCAACCUUCGUCGGGACCCAAGCACCCGAACCCCAACCCCGCCCCCGGUUUCACCGGGGAACCUUCGGGCCCAGCCGCCAUCUGCCGCCAAACCUUCACCCGGCCGUCGUCCUCUGCCAGACUUCGCCCGGCUGCCACCCGCUGACAAGACCUUCGCCUGGCCGACAACUGUCGCGACUUCAGCCAACUUCAUCGACCACGCCUGGCAGCCGCCGCGCCGCCGAAACUUUGCCCUGCCUAUGA